AUGGUAACCUUUACCAUAGAGGAGCGUGCCGCCAUCACGUCUACAUGGACCGAUGUGGACCUCGAGGAACUGGGCAAACGGGGCUUGGCAAGAAUGUUGGUAGUGUACCCCUGGACCAGGAUUAACUUUAAGAUGUUUGGCGACAUCUCAAACUCAGCCGCCAUUCUUGCAAACCCCCAAAUUCGUGCCCUUGGCAAGAAAGUUGCCAGCGUCUUGGGCAAUGUUGUGAUGAACCUAAACAACGUCGAAGGAACAGUUACCGGACUGGCGAAGUGGCAUGCAGACAAUAUCAAAGUCGAUCCAGAACACUUCAAGCACCACCGCCCCUGA